UUUAGAGGGUGGUGGCAAGUUGCAUUGGAGACUUCAAGGCGGAGGUGGCUAAAGAGCGAUCUGUCACGACAAGUUUACAAAUUUACCUGUUUUCAAGGGACAAACACCCUAGGGGAAAGGCUAUUCCAAUAACCAACGUGGCAAAGUAGAAUUCGGAAAUGAAUGGAAUGUAUGGAUGGGGACAGCCCCCUUUGAACCAAGGGAAUUCUUUCAUAGAGAUCAUUGAGCAGCCCAAGCCGAGAGGCAUGAGGUUCAGGUACAAGUGUGAGGGGCGCUCGGCGGGCAGCAUCCCGGGAGAGAAGAGCAACGAUACCACCAAGACACACCCCGCAAUCAAGGUGCACAACUACAAUGGUCCCCUGCGUGUCCGUGUCUCCUUGGUGACCAAGAACCCGCCUCACAAGCCCCACCCACACGAGCUGGUGGGGAAAGACUGCAAACAUGGCUACUACGAGGCAGACUUGCAGGAGAGACGAGUACACAGUUUUCAGAACCUGGGCAUUCAGUGUGUGAAGAAAAAGGAUGUGAACGAAGCAGUUUCCUGUAGACUGCAGACCCAAAACAACCCCUUCAACAUUCCCGAGGCGAAGGUGUGGGAGGAGGAGUUUGACCUGAAUGCAGUGAGGCUUUGUUUCCAGGCCUCGAUCACUCUACCUACCGGUGAACUUCACCCUCUGGAGCCCGUGGUGUCUCAGCCCAUCUACGACAAUAGAGCACCCAACACAGCAGAAUUGAAGAUCUGUCGAGUGAACAGAAACUCUGGGAGCUGCAGAGGAGGGGACGAGAUCUUCUUACUCUGUGACAAAGUGCAAAAAGAGGACAUCGAGGUACGGUUCUUCCAGGACUCGUGGGAGGGGAAGGGCACCUUCUCCCAGGCGGACGUCCACAGGCAGGUGGCCAUCGUGUUCCGUACCCCGCCCUUCUACGACACCAACUUGACCGAGCCAAUCAAAGUGAAGAUGCAGCUUCGCAGGCCCUCGGACCGCGAGGUCAGCGAGCCAAUGGACUUCCAAUUCCUGCCCUCCGACCCAGAUGAAUAUAGACUGAUAGAGAAGCGAAAACGGACAGAGGGAAUGUUCCAGAAUCUGAAGCUGGGGUCCAUAUCAGGGGCCAUGCCAGCAGAGAGGCCUUUCAACACUGCCAGAAGAACAGUCGCCGCCAAGCCAGCAGCUAGCCAGCCAGUGAACCCAGUGGCGCCCCCUCGUGCCGCCUCUGUGAAGCACCAGCCCUACUAUGAUAGCCCCCAGCCUGGCCAGCUGUUCCGAACCCAGCCCAAAGCAGAGCCCUCCUCCUCCACUCCAGCAGAGACCUGGAAGUUCCUCAACAGCCUGACCUUGGACUCCCAACACAAAGCCACCCCCGUGGCCCAAUUCACCAACCCCCAGGCAUCUGCAGCCACCUCACAGGCCUUCCCCACCGUCAACCUGUCGGACCUCCACGGCUUCACCUUCUCCACCUUCGCUAGUCCCCAGGAGCCAGUGAGCGCAGCCGCUACCCCAGAGCCCACCUCUACCUUUGGGGUCCAGGAUUCCCAGUUCAGGGUGGAUGGCCCCAUGGUGGAUGAGGAGCUACCCGAGUUCCCCAGCUUCUCUGAGGUCCACCAGUCAGGGACACUAGAUAACAUAAACAUCGACGACUUCCAGGCUAUGCUGGUCCAGAGUGGUCUGGCUGGAGAGGGGCCAGGGAACAGUAGGGUGUCGGUCUCUCAGGCACCCUGCCACUUACCUGCCACCAACCCUGUGGUCAACAACAGCUGUGGCGGCAGCACCUGGAUGAACUACCCCAACAGCAUCGUGAACCUGCUCCAGAGUGAGGGCAUGAUCGACAGUUCUCCUGGCAACUCCAGCCAGCCGGCCGUCCUCGACGACCUGGACGUCUUCAGCUCCAUAGACGAAGACCGUCUCAUUUCCAUCCUGAACAGUGGCAACCAGGCCGGUUUCGUGUCCGGACAUCAGACUUAGAGACCUCUCUGAUUUUACAGAUAUUUUUACUGCAAUACGUUUCUGUCCCUUUGCCUUUUGGAGACCCAGCUCCCUUCCAACCAAACUUCCCUUGUAUUCUAAUGGACUACAAAGAAAAUACAUUUGGCUGGCUGAUCGAGAAUCAGAAUCAGCGCUGUUUGCGCUCUUCUCUAUGUGGAUUGUGGACAUGUUAAUUGGGACAGCUGCGGAAACCUACCUGUACUCGAUGAACAGAGUGAAUAUGGGAGAGGGCUACAAGGAACCCCUGGUAACUGCCAGUUUGUGGGCAAUCACGAGACCCAAGGAUUUGUCACUUUUUGUCAACCCCUAAAGAUACACCUCCACUGGGUUGUGUAUAAACCCAGGCUUGUAUCUAGUCUCCAAAGGCAGUGGUAUUCACUCCUGGUCCCUAAGAACUUCACGGUUUGAAAUGUGUAUUCGUGAAUCAUUGUCAAUGUAUGGACUGGAUAGUCCAGGUCCCGGUUUCCCGAUAGCAAUGGAUCUUAGGCUGACGAUGUUUUUAACACUGCAUCUUUCUUACAACGCCUGAAGAUGUAACAUACAGAGUACACACAACAUUAAGGACACCUGCUCUUUCCAUUACAUAGCCCAGGGAUAUUCAACUCUUACCCUACGAGGUCCAGAGCCUGCUUAAUGUCCUGUUCUACCUGAUAAUAAUUGCAGGUCUAAAUCUCUCCCUGGUUAGAGGGGAACAAUGAAAGAAAUGCAGUGGAACUGGCUUCGAGGUCCAGAGUUGACCAGGUGAAUGCUAUGAUCCCUUAUUAAAUCUACUUCAAUCAGUGUAUGAAAGGGAGGGGACAGGUUAAAGAAGGAUUUAUAAGCCUUGAGACAUGGAUUGUGUGUCAAUCAGAAGGUGAAUGAGCAAGACAAGAUUUCAGUGCCUUUGAACGGGGUAUGGUAGUAGGUGCCAGACGCACCAGUUUGUGUCAAGAACUGCAACGCGGCUAGGUUUUUCACAAGUUUCCCGUUUGUAUCAAGAAUGGUCCACCACCCAAAUAAAAUCCAGCCAACUUGUGCUGUCAAGUUGGAGACGUGCCAGGAUCCCUGUGGAACGCUUUCGACACCUUGUAGUCGUGGUUGUUCUCCAAAUAAGAAUUAAAAUGAUUGCUCUGUCAUCAUCUAUUAUAUUGUGCUUGUUUGUGUGCUAUAUGUUUUGUUGGACUCGAAGAAUGUCAGAAGAUUCUGAUUUUUACCAGAAAUCGGGUCAUAAUAUUAACCUUGGCUUUCACAGCUUGUCAUUUAGAACUUUAACAUUUGUAUGUGAAAGGGAAAAUAUUUCUCAAAAAAAGGGAAUAAUUUUUGCAAGCACAAAAUAAGUUCCUAGUUUAGUUACGCAAUCUAACAACCAAUGAAAAUCCUUAAUGGUUGGUCGUCAAACUCAAUCCACGGAGGGCCAAGUGGCUGCAGGUUUUCACUCCUCCCAUGUACUUCAUUGAUGAAUUAAGGUCACUAAUUAGUAAGGAACUAACCUCACCCGAUUGUCGAGGUCUUCAUUUAAAGGAAAAGCCAGCAGCCCUCAAUGGAAUGAGUGACACCCCUGCCUUAGGUGAUAUGCACGAUAUAGUACUCACCUUGGUGACAUAUCUAAAAUGUUAUGUACAGUUUUACCAUGUUAACAUUAACUUGUCACUGUAAUUUUCAAUAUAUCUUUGGAAAAGGAAGGAUAUUGUUUAUAGAUGUCAGAAAUGUAGCAGAUUCACUGAUAUGCUUAGUAAAAAAGAUUUGUUAGUGGAGUCGGUAUCUCAAAUAUCAUUUCUGCCUGUCAAUUAUGCUCAUUCAGUGUAGUUUGCUUUUAGGCCAGUGUGAUACGAUUACAUUUUGCGGUAUGGUAUAUGAACUUUGGCUGCAGUUCAUUUUACAUCAAAUAAAACAUGUUUAAUUAAACCAUAACUCUGUACUUAAGCCAAUGCUGCCUCACUGAAAACAGACACUUGUAUAAAUAAUAAUUUUGUAGAAGUAUAUAUGCAGACAGAAAAUUAGAUUCAUUGAAACAUUUGGGUUUGCUAAGUGAUUGUACGUGUUGCCUACUACACUUCCCACAAUGUCCCUCAAUACAGUAUAAAUAAUCCUCUUAAGGAGCUGCCCCUUUAAAAUUUUACCUGAAAUUACAUACCCAAAUCUAACUGCCCGUAGCUCAGGACCUGAAGCAAGGAUAUGCAUAUCCUUGAUACCAUUUGAAAGGAAACACUGAAGUAUGUGGAAAUGUGAACUAGGAGAAUAACACAUAUCUGCUAAAAGUUGGUACAAAAAAACAUUGUUUAAAAAAAAAUUGUAUUAUGGUUUGAAAUGCAAGAGAAAGGUCAUGUAUUAUUCCAGCCCAGGCACAAUUUAGAUUUGCCACAAGAUUGCAGCAGUGUAUGUGCAAAGUUGAAGACUGAUCCAAUGAACCAUUGCAUUUCUGUUAAAUGUUUUAUCAAGACUG